GGCCGGGGCGCCGCGGGGCGCGGAGGUGCAGCUGAGCGCGGCCGGCGGCGGUAUUGCUGAAAUCCUAAUGAACCGACCCCACGCGAGAAAUUCACUGGGAAAAGUAUUUGUAAAUGAACUGUUCAGUGCCCUGGAACAGCUCCGCUUCGAUGAGCAGGUGCGGGUGGUGGUGUUCAAGAGCCAGGUGAAAGGAGUGUUCUGUGCAGGAGCAGACUUAAAGGAACGUGCAAAGAUGGAUGAUGCAGAAGUUGGAGAGUUUGUUAGAAGACUGAGAAAUCUUAUGGAUGAAAUAGCUGCCCUGCCCGUGCCCACGAUCGCUGCAAUCGAUGGCUACGCCCUGGGUGGAGGAUUAGAGCUGGCCCUGGCCUGUGACCUCCGAGUGGCAGCUUCAUCAGCUAAAAUGGGCCUUAUUGAGACCACACGAGGACUUCUGCCUGGAGCAGGUGGAACCCAGCGCCUGCCCAGAUGUGUUGGAAUAGGUCUUGCCAAGGAACUCAUUUUCACUGGCAGACAGGUUGAUGGAGAACAGGCAGCCUCCAUGGGGCUGGUAAAUCACUCAGUGCCACAGAACAGCGAGGGGGAUGCAGCCUACCAGAGAGCUUUGACUUUGGCUAAAGAAAUCCUGCCCCAGGCGCCGUUUGCUGUGAAAAUGGGAAAACUGGCAAUAAACAAAGGAAUGGAGGUUGACAUUGCAUCAGGGAUGGCUAUUGAGGGGAUGUGUUAUGCCCAGAAUAUUCCCACCAAAGACCGUCAGGAAGGGAUGGCUGCCUUCAGGGAGAAGAGACCACCUCGGUUCACUGGCAAAUAAAGCUUUCUGCUGCCCUUGAGUUUCUGGAGAUCCACUGAUUUCUUAGGAUUAUUUUUAUGACACCACUCUGUGCACUUAACUCCUUGCCUUGGACUGCCUUUCUAACUAUUCCACUGAAUCAUUUUUCUGUACAAAUCUCCAAAUAAAGAUUUAACUUUGUA